UCAAAUUUGAAAUUUCAGGAGAGUGUUAAUUAAAAUGGAACACGAGGCAGGAGUGAGUCCAUCAAGUUACAGAGGUGUGCGUCAAAGGAAAUGGGGGAAAUGGGUGUCUGAAAUCCGAGAGCCAGGGAAAAAGACCCGCAUAUGGCUGGGGAGCUACGAGACUGCUGAAAUGGCAGCGGCCGCCUACGAUGUGGCGGCAUUGCAUUUCCGGGGACGAGCUGCUCGGCUUAACUUCCCGGAGUUGGUGGACAGCCUUCCGCGUCCGGCUAGCUCAAGGGCAGAAGACGUUCAAAUGGCAGCUCAAGAGGCAGCAUUGAGGCUUAGUCGAAGGGCCAAGAUAAGUUCGGAGGUGGGUGGUGAGCUAGCUGGUACUGGUAAGAGCCUUGGUCCGGUUAGGGUUGGACUGUCACAAAGCCAAAUUCAGGCUAUCAAUGAAUUCCCACUGGACUCGCCCAAGAUGUGGAUGGAAUUAGCUGGUGCAGUGUUGUUGGCUGAGCCAAUGAUGUGUGCGGUUGAUGAUGCCGAGUUCAUGAGUGACUAUGAAGAAAUUCUGGUUGAACCCAUUUGGGAUUAAUCAAAUAUUUUACCAGGUAUACAUACAAAACACAACCCUUUUUUUAACUGGGGGUGGGUAAUUAAACAAAGAAUGUUGCUCCUAUCAAUCUAGGUGGCAAUCCUUGCAACACAUUACAUAAAAUUAAUUAAUCAAUAAUUUCACAACAUGGGAUGACAUUUAGGAUUUGGAUUAUUCUAGUAUUUGUAACAUUUUUUUUAUUUCUAGAUGGUGCCCAGAAAAAGAAAGUAUAUAUUAAUAUAUGUGGUAAUAUAUACUAUCUGUAAUUGUUGUGAAGGAAUUAAUUAUUAUUUUCUUCUUUA